AUGUCGUACCCGGGCCAAAUGCCCACGGGGCAACCCGGUUACAACAGCCAGCAGUAUCAGUAUCCGAACGGCCAGCAACAGGCCCCGCAACAGGCAUAUGUGCAGCAACACCAACAACAAGCGCCACCACUGCAUGGCCACGUUCAACAGCAGCAACAUGGGCUGCAGGUGCCACAGUACCAGCAGUACCAACAAUAUACACAGCAACAGCCUCAGCACCACCAGCUGCCUCAGCACCAUCAGCAGCAGCAGUUUCAGGGCUAUCAGCAUCAGGGACAAGUGCCCCAAGGCCACUAUGCCCACCUCUCUACACCCGCGCCGUCGAUGAACUAUGUCAAUGUUCUGGCAAAUAACAACGGCCAAUUUUCGACAUUCGACAAUACUUUCGACCCACGACAAGACCAGCGCCCUCCUUCCGUAUCCCCGGCACCUUCGCCAUACCCCGCCGCCCAACCUUACCAAGUUGCUCCUGCGCAACUCCAAGCGAUUACUCCUACUCCGCCUCCGGCCUACUCGUCACCAUCGCCAGCGCCGAUUCCCCAACAGAUCCCACAGUUUCAGGUUCCUCAGACCAGCUCAAGAAUAAUGGGACAGCAGGAUAUCAUGCCCGUUACCACCCCACAAAGCCAUGUGUCGCUGCAACAUCCAGCACCGGCGUCGCUUGCCAACGAGUCUCACCAAGUCCAACAGAGCCCCAGUCCGGCCUUUGCCAAAUCACCCCUCCCGACGAAACGCCCGUCAAUUUCGGCAAUGAACUCGCCCGGCAUCAGCAAGAGGUCUCCAGCGAUCCCACCACGCCCGUCCCCAGCUUCCUCGGCCCGAGCUUCCCCAGCUAUGACUCCGAAGACCAGGCCGUUCGAGUCUGCGACCGUUCUGGUUCAUGUCGCCGAAGAGUGUUUGAGCAAAGCAUACUCCGCUGUCUAUAGUGUUGCCGCUUCACCAGACGAGGGCCGGAUGCGAGAAUAUCAGAAGCUCGUCUCCACAGGCUUGGCCUGCUUGGACGCCGCUGUGCAGACGAAUAAGCUUGCACCACGUCAAGAAGCGAAGGCGAGACUCAGAUAUGCAUCAAUAUUGUACGAGGAGACGGAGAAUUUGCAAGAGGCAGAGACUAUUCUGUUUCAAGGAAUCAAGCUCUGUGAGAAGCAUCGUUAUACAGAUAUGAAAUACUGUAUGCAGUAUGCUGCGUUGAAAGUACUGUUCCAGAGGAAUCACAAGGCAGCCUUUAUUGCCAUUGACAAGCAGAUUGCAGAGUGUCAGACAUUCAAGCACUACCCCUGGUUGUAUGCUUUUCGACUUCUCAAGACGACGUUGCAAACGUAUGCCGGCAACGCGCCCGAUGCAAACCAUUUCGACAACCUUCAAAUGCUGGGAAAGUUCGCUUACGAGAGGGGCGACUACGCUAUUGGAGUAUUGGCCUCCUUACUGGAGGGCCUCGCUCACCUUCGGGUCAUGAAGUCUGACAGCGUCGAAAGGGUUCAGACAUGUCUUGCGCAAGCAGCCAUGUAUCAGCUGGAUCCUGCUGUCAAGGUGCCCCAACUCGAUAUCUUGACACUGCUGCUGGACCUCGCUUGUAAGUCAAGGCUAGACGAAACGAUCAGCUCUCAGGACUGGACAGAUGACGCCACAGAGGUCUAUGUUCCUAUGAAGAAGCAGCCCUCAUCUUCCCUCAUCAUAAGUGAGGACACAACUGCGAUUCUCCGUCCCGGGAAAGAUGAUGAGGGAACUGACCUGGUGGUUCUAUCGUUCCUGUCGAAACAAGAACUCUUCGCCCUGGUGCCUGCAUCGCGGGAGCAAGUAGGCAAGAUGAAGAGCUUGCAACGUUGGGCGGCCGGGCUGGAAACCGUACAACAUGUUUCUACGCAACACAUGUUGGGGAACCGCGCCUUAUCGACCGUUUCGCUGCAUGAAUCCAUCAGGCAGACCAAGUGGCGAACAGAAAUUUUCUGUUAUUUGCAGCUGCUGAUUGGGCUGUACAAUGCGACUCAGAGCAAAUGGAAGCUCGUAGACCAAAGUGUCUCGAAACUCCAGAAAGCGGCCACGCCUGCGGUCAAUGAGAUAUUUACACUAUUCACACUAUAUCUGACAGGUGUCUACUAUCAAGGCACCGGCGAGUUCGAAACAGCACUUACCAUCUAUGAGGAUCCGCGGUUGCAGAUCCCCUCUGGACCAGAUGGUCCUGAGAGUAGAAAGCCAGCAGAGCUAGAAGUCUGCAUACUGGCUGCGAUGAGUCGACUGUGGAUCCUCCAAGACCCGGGGUUCCAAGAUGAACAAACCACAAAUAAACUCUUGGAAAGCAUACAGCCGCUAUGCACAACACAUCCCGACUCGGAGUUCCGCACUGCCUUCAGUCUCGUCCAGGUCACGACUCAGCCAGACCUGGAGAUGAACAUUGUGAAACAGAACAUCCAAUCCGCGCUUAACGGAGCGCAAAGGACGAACAACACUCACUGCCUCGCAAUAGCAUUGACGAUCAUGCGUUGUCGUCUCUUCGAGAACGUGGUGGGUGAGCAAGCGUUGAAGAGCGCCAAGGCAGCCUCGCAGCAGGCUAGGCGCAGCGGCAACCUCCUCUGGAUGAGCGUGGCGGACGGCAUGCUCGCCAACUCGUAUGAAGUGCAGGGGCAGCUUGCCGAAGCCCGAGCGGCGCAGGCUGCUGCGCAGGAGAACGCUAGUCGCGCCGCCCGCGCGUUCGAGUGA